GGGGGGAGUGGUCAGGCUAGAGGAGAUCGUUGGGCCUGAGGGAGCUUUGGAGCGGGAGGGAUCCUUGCUCCGGUUUGACUCCGGAUUGUGAUUGCAACCCCCCCCCCCCAGCCCUCUCGCCGAGCGGUGGGCAGGGGGGGCUCCGGUUUGACUCCGGAUCGUGACUGCAGCCCUUUCGCCCUGCAGGGCUGUGCCAGCCAGGGGCCUGCCUCAGUCUCGGGGGGGUGCCCAGGCAGGCAGGCAGCGGGUGGGGAAUGGCUGGCAGAAGCCGCCGCUCCUGGCUCAGCGUGCUGCUCGGUCUGGUGCUGGGCUUCCUCCUGGCCUCCCGCCUCAUCCUCCCGCGGGCCUCGGAGCUGAAGACGGGCGGCCACCGGCGCCAGGCCAGCCUGGAAGGGUGCCGGGCCAAGCUGGCGGGGGGCCUCCUCCACAGGGACCCCCCGGGGGGCUUGCUGUGGCCCCACGAGCCCGCCAGCCUCCACGGCCACAACCCGCCGGCCAAGAACUUUCUCUUCGUGGGGGUCAUGACCGCUCAGAAGUACCUGCAGAGCAGAGCUGUGGCUGUCUACAGAACAUGGUCUGGCACAGUUCCAGGGAAGGUGGUCUUCUUCUCCAGCGAGGGCUCGGACACUUCCCUUCCAAUCCCCAUUGUGUCGUUGCCUGGUGUAGAUGACUCUUACCCUCCCCAGAAGAAAUCAUUCAUGAUGCUCAAGUACAUGCACGACUAUUACUUGGACAAGUAUGAGUGGUUCAUGAGAGCCGAUGACGACGUUUACGUCAAAGGAGACAAACUGGAGAGCUUCCUUCGGAGUUUGAAUAGCAGCGAGCCGCUUUUCCUCGGGCAGACGGGGCUGGGCACCACCGAAGAGAUGGGGAAACUGGCGCUGGAGCCCGGAGAGAAUUUCUGCAUGGGGGGCCCCGGGGUGAUUAUGAGCCGUGAAGUCCUGCGGCGGAUGGUCCCUCACAUCGGAGAGUGCCUUCGGGAGAUGUACACCACCCACGAGGAUGUCGAAAUCGGGAGAUGUGUACGAAGAUUCGCGGGAGUGCAGUGUGUCUGGUCUUAUGAGAUGCAGCAACUCUUUUAUGAAAACUACGAGCAGAACAAAAAAGGUUACAUCAAAGACCUCCGCAACAGCAAGAUUCACCGGGCAAUCACCUUACACCCCAACAAGAGCCCACCCUACCAGUACAGACUCCACAGUUACAUGCUGAGUCGCAAAAUAGCAGAGCUGCGUUACCGGACCAUCCAGCUGCACCGGGAAAUUGUCCUGAUGAGUAAGUACAGCAAUACAGAAGUGCACAAAGACGACCUUCAGUUGGGGAUGGCGCCCUCUUUCAUGCGCUUCCAGCCUCACCAGCGCGAAGACGUUUUGGAAUGGGAGUUCCUCACUGGGAAGUAUCUUUAUUCCGCCAUGGAUGGACAACCGCCUCGUCGAGGGAUGGAUUCCUCCCAGCGUGAGGCACUGGACGAUAUUGUCAUGCAAGUGAUGGAGAUGAUCAACGCCAACGCCAAGACCAGAGGGCGGAUCAUUGACUUCAAAGAGAUCCAGUAUGGCUAUCGUAGAGUCAACCCAAUGUACGGGGCAGAGUACGUUCUCGACUUACUGCUGUUGUACAAGAAGCACAAGGGAAAGAAAAUGACCGUUCCGGUCCGAAGGCAUGCGUACUUGCAACAGACAUUCAGCAAAGUCCACUUUGUGGAGGAUGAAGAGAUCGAUGCCAAAGAGUUGGCUAGCAAAAUUAACCAGGACUCUGGAUCCUUAUCGUUUCUCUCCAAUUCUCUGAAGAUGUUUGUUCCAUUCCAGUUGAGUAAGUCAAAAGCAGAGAAGAAGGAACCCAAAGACAAGAAAAUCAACAUCUUGAUUCCCCUUUCCGGGCGCUUCGACAUGUUUACGCGAUUUAUGUUGAAUUUUGAGAAGACCUGCCUCAUUCCAAAUCAGAAUGUCAAGUUGGUUGUCCUUCUUUUCAACUCAGACUCGAAUCCUGACAAGGCAAGGCAGAUUGAAUUGAUGAGAGAUUACCGCAUGAAGUACCCUAAGGCAGACAUGCAGAUCUUGCCCGUGUCUGGGGAAUUCUCCCGAGCUCUGGCGCUAGAAGUUGGAUCCUCCCAGUUUAACAAUGACUCCCUGCUGUUCUUCUGCGAUGUUGACUUGGUGUUUACGGCCGAGUUUCUCCAAAGGUGUAGAGCCAACACGGUUUUGGGUCAACAGAUUUAUUUCCCUAUCAUCUUUAGCCAGUAUGAUCCAAAGAUUGUUUACAGUGGGAAAGUCCCAAGUGAUAAUCAUUUUGCCUUCACCCAGAAAACAGGAUUCUGGAGGAAUUAUGGCUUUGGAAUUGCCUGCAUUUACAAGGGUGAUCUCCUUCAAGUGGGAGGCUUUGACGUUUCCAUCCAAGGUUGGGGCCUCGAGGACGUGGACUUAUUCAACAAAGUUAUCCAGGCGGGCCUAAAAACUUUCCGGAGCCAAGAAGUUGGCGUAGUUCAUGUGCAUCACCCUGUCUUUUGUGACCCUAACCUUGAUCCAAAACAGUACAAAAUGUGUUUGGGGUCCAAAGCAUCAACGUAUGGGUCCACGCAACAGUUGGCGGAGCUGUGGUUGCAGAAAAACGAGCUGGGCUUUGGGAAAAGUAGCAAUUCCAACGGUUCCCUGAGGACAGCGUAAUGAUCCAGCUAUGCUGGAGGAAAAAAAUGAGAAAAAGAACUACCUGUUGCGUUUUUAAGUGAAAAAAAUUACCCUAAUUUAUUUUUUUGCAAAACGUUUUUGAUAGUUGGGUUUUUUAAAAAAAUAAAAUAAAAACAGAACAACUGCACAAGGGUAUAUUUUACAAACCAUUGUUUUUCUUACGAGGACAUUUGAGGCGCUUCUUUCCUGAACAAAACUUUUGCCUUUCGGAACAGAAAUCAGUGGCUGAGUAUUAUGACUUUACUUGGUUCCGGCAACUUGAAAUAACGCUUUUAUUUUAAUUUUUUUUCCUGAUAAGCAGAUGUUUUAAAGUAAAAGGAAACACCCCCUCUUCCACUCCAUAAUUCAUUCCAUGUCUCAUUGUCAGUGGCAAAAAGGAUUCCCUUCAAUUUUUUCCCCUUUUGGGGUUGCUACGGAAUUCUUUGUCGUUCCCCCUUUUUAAAGAGAAGUGUAAGAACAAAGAAAUCCAUGAAACAGUCUUUGCUUAUCAGACGGUUGUCAUUUGGUUGGUAUUUCGAUUGUAGGAUGUACCAUUCAGCUCACUGUAUUUUGUGCAACUGGGAGAAAAGGGGGUGGAAAAAGUGAGCACAUUUUUUUUUUACUGUUAGUCUUUUGUAAAAAUAAUAAUAAUAAUAAACCUGUCUUUUCCUACUCGGUCCCUAUGUGGAUCUAAUGUUGCAAACUCCAUGGCAAACAUUGUGUUUUCCAAAUUUGAUCUUCUGUGUAGAUGACAAAGAGUGACAUUUUAGCAAAUAGAAAUGAGGUUUCUUUGCUGUAAAAAGGAACAAACCGAAAACCCAGAUACCCCCAAGGAGAUGUGUUGGGGGAAAUGAACAUUCAGGGCUUUGUUUCCCCAAACUAGUUAACAGGAUUUGGACUGGGAACAAUUUGUUAUCAUUUAUUUCUUUUUGUUGCUUACCUCGCUUCUUUUUAUUUUUAUUUUCCUUAUCUGAUAGGUUUUUAAUUUAUUUCAUAUUCUUUGUUUAAGAUUCCUGUCUUCUAUUUUUAAAAAAACUGAUAGACAUUAAUAUUUAUAUAACUUAGGAAUGUAUUGCAUUUUCUUACUGUUAAAGGUAGUGUAAAUCUUCUUUCUCCGCAGUAAACUGAUCUCCAAAGA